UGUCACUUAAAUAUUGUUUAUUUAUUUAAAUAUUUUCUUGGGUACCACUGUUCCGAAAAAUCUUUUCUAGCAAAACAUUUCGAAUCCUUUGGGACGCGUUGUAAUACUAUAUCAAAGAUUGUGUGCUAGGCAGAAGUUGACACGAGAACAAAAACAUCAAUUCGAACGAAUUUUCAAAUCUCCUGGGCACAAAACCAUAUGUGGUAAAUGGCGACAGUACUAAUUGCUGCACACACUAAAACAGACGUGUCGUCAAAAAGUUUUAGUUAGUCGACUAGUUAACACCGCAACAUCAAAAUGUCGCCUAUAGAAUUCGACGAUGACAUUUUGGAGCCGGCGUCUGAUUGGCUGUCGUUUUUGAAUUUCCCGUUCGAAGAGACAACGAAGGAUAGUGAAAAUAGUUACAGUGAUACUAGUGAUUAUGAUUGUUCGGUUUUGACGGGGGAUGAUAAAUUUUUGGACAGCAUAGUAAAAGGGUUUUUCGAUACUGAUAACAACAAGGAUGAUUUUGCGAGUGUUUUUGCGGAGGGAUCAGACUUGGACUUAUACGCAGAAAGUAGCAACGUUGAGCAAAUGUUCGAUUUCGACAAUAUUUUCAACGAUUUUCAAAACGAAGUUGAACCUGCCGGGGUAAUAAGCAUAUUCCCGCAUAUGUACGAGGAAAAAAAUCGCCGGCGACGCUCGUUGAUAUACGAAUCCACAUACAAACCGGACCGACGCUCAUCGACGCCGAAAAACGACGCCCUAUCCACCCACGACUACACGCAGAAAAAGGACGACGAAAAGUACUUUCCGUGUCCGAUACAGAAUUGUGAUAAAAUAUACGCGAAAUCUUCGCACUUGAAGGCGCAUCUGCGCAGGCACAGCGGCGAGAAGCCGUUCAUAUGCAAUUGGCAGAACUGCACGUGGAAAUUUUCCAGGUCGGACGAGCUGGCCAGGCACAAACGAUCGCAUUCCGGGAUAAAACCCUACAAGUGCGAGCUGUGCGAGAAAGCGUUCGCCAGAUCCGACCACCUGUCCAAGCACAAGAAAGUACACAAGAAGAAAAUGGCCCAAUGCGGAAGUUACCUCAUCAAGAAACGAAGUAGAUAUAGUUAGUUUAUCAACCAAAACAAUUCUAAAUUAUUUUUUAUUUUAAUAAAUAUUAUGCCAUAUUUUUAAUUGCCUACCAGGUUUUAUUUAGUAUAUAUAGUAAUAGGUGUUUUGUUUUAUCUACGUAUGUUGUUAAAUAAUAAAAAUACUUUAAAAC